AUUUGAAACAACUCGUCUCUCAUCACCUGAGUCCCGCUGCACUCCGGAUAAUUCGCCGUGUUAUCUCUCUGUGUGUCGCCAUCACGUGUCGUGUAAUCCACUGCCCUAAACGUUGUAAGAAUAUCGAGUGCGCGAACCUGGAAUCGAUUCUUUUUUUUUUUUCUUCUCUGUUUCAAAUUUCUGAAGAUAUGAUUUGACACGCGCUUGCCUAGAAACAAUUGCGAAUCGACUACUCCUACGCGCUUACCUUACCCGUCAGAUUUUUUGUUCUCUCAAGAUAAUUUGUAUGUUCUAUUUCAAUCGAUUGAGUUCAAACUAUCUUUAUCGUAUUAAAUCACAGACGGACGGAUCACCUUAUUAAAAAAAAAUGUCUAUGCAUUGUUUCAAAACCUCAUCUGUGGUGGUGAUUCAAGGUGUCUACAUGGUCAAUUUCAUCAAGGGGGGAAUGUAAUGUUAUUGCCCGUAGUAGAGAUAGGCGUGUUGCCCCGCCGCAGAUGAAUUGUUCGUCAUGGACGACAUAAGGUGAAGCAGCGAAGGAAAUAGCGCAACAAGGUAUGUGGACGCUUGAUAUCUAACAAGGUAUGUGGACGCUUGAUAUCUAACAAGGUAUGUGGAAGCUUGAUAUCUAACAAGGUAUGUGGAAGCUUGAUAAUCUAACAAGGUUUGUGGACGCUUGAUAUCUAACAAGGUAUGUGGAAGCUUGAUAUCUAACAAGGUAUGUGGAAGCUUGAUAUCUAAUAAGGUAUGUGGAAGCUUGAUAAUCUAACAAGGUACGUGGAAGCUUGAUAUCUAACAAGGUAUGUAGAAGCUUGAUAUCUAACAAGGUAUGUGGAAGCUUGAUAUCUAUAUAAACAAAUGACAGUAAACACGACAACGUUUCGGCCAAGAGCCUGCUUCAACAGACGACACUAGGAACUGAAGAAACAACCAGAAAUAUGCAGGCAGUUCGAAAGACUUAAGCGUUUGGGGUUUUUGCCCUUAAUGAUUUCGUUUGAAUUUUGUAUGUCUUCAACACCAAACUAUGUGUUCUAUCCAGAUGAUUACAUCGGAGUAAAAGUAACGAACACGACUCUUGAAGUGGUGGGUUUGGUAACUGGCUCCGAUGGGCAUUCAAGUUAAUUUUGGUGAGCGCAUUUUAAAAAAGCCUUCAUUCAGAACGGUGCACUUUCUAACAUCUUUUACAGGAACCUUGUCGGUGCCCUUUUGCUCAGUGCACGCAUUUAAAAAUAAAGUUUCAUCCUAUGUGCACACUAGAGUCCGACUGAAAGUGAUUUUCUGAUUUCGGCCGAAACCGAAACUAAGCCCAAAUUUAAAAAUGACUUUCGGCCGAAACCAAAAGUUUAACGAAACCUUCGACCAAAACCGAAUCGGAAACCAAAAGUUUAUUCAGACUUUCAACCCGAACCGAAGACGACAUAUUUAGAUAUUUUGAAAUUCGUUCAUUCAUACAUCUCCAUAAAUCGGAAAAUGAUUGGGGGAAAGUAUCAAUAUUUACAUUCCUUUCAGAGGAAAUGAGAUCAUGUUGAAUAUUAAUAAAUAAACAUCUACUGAAUACUUUGGCCUUUACCAUUUUAAUUUUAAAGAAUUUAAAUUACUUUAAAAGUUAUUUUAAAGUAGUAUGGUAAGAGAAAAUUUGGACAGGAAGCGGGGGGGGGGGGGAAAUGUAUGCAAAAUAGACCAUUGAAUGCCCUUUGCUUUUAUAAUAUAAUGACAACGCUACCGAGAUAUAUAUUUACAAUACUUAUGAUGGCUCUAGUAGAGCCAAGAGAAAAUUUGGACAGGAAGCGGGGGGGGGGGUAAAUGUAUGCAAAAUAGACCAUUGAAUGCCCUUUGCUUUUAUAAUAUAAUGACAACGCUACCGAGAUAUAUAUCUACAAUAAUUAUGAUGGCUCUAGUAGAGCCAAUUGUCACCUAAAUAUCAGUUAUUAAAGCUAUGCAAAUAUUACCAAAGUGUUUCGAAGUUAUCGUCACACUAAUGCUUUGUGUUUUCAUAAAUAGCUGGCAAGUUAGCACUGUAUUAAUAUUUAGCCUAGUAUCAACACACAUUAGGCUUUCCGUGCUGGUGACGUAAUUAUUUCGUUCAGCGACCGACAUGCCUCAAUUGGUUGGGGGGGGGGGAGACGAAUAUUUGUAACCGGGUCUCUUAAAAUUGUUGUUCUGACGGGUAUCGACGGAGAAUCUUGAAAAGACAUCUGAAUUGGUCGCCAAUAUUAUAAAAGUGAACAGGUCUGCGGUAAGCCUAAUACAUAAGUAUUAUAUGAACCAGUUAUACAUGCACGCGUCAACAACACUGUUUCUCAGCAUGAUCAUGAUUAAUUUCAAUAAAUGAAUGAUUUGAAAAAGCCAAAGUUUGCUUAAUUUUAUAUUAUCUAUUUUAAUAAAACAAAACUAAUGAUGGAAAUAUGACCAUUCCCUAGGAUUAUUCAAUACUAUUCACCUUUGCCUAUGACAACAUGAGCAUGAUUAAGAUAUAUCAAAAUUAAUAUCAUAAAUGAUUGAGUUGAAUAUACCUAGGGUUCAAAAUUUUAUUUUAUUUUUUUAAAAAUUAAAACAAAAAUAAUGAUAUAAAUAUUAGCAUUCAUUAGUUUUUCUUCCACAAUACUAUUUACAUUUGACUAGGCUUAAUUGAAAUUUAAUUUUUGGACACAAAGGACACGUAGGUCAUCAUGCAGCUGUGAGCAGUUUUCGCAGAGAAUUAGUUAUAUAACAUACGAUGACAGCAUGACGUCGAGCAAGGAGGAAUAUCGGAUUGCCGGCCUAGAGACGGACGUUCUGACUUCUGGUCAAUUACAGAAAACUCAAUCACUUUCGGCCGAAACCGAAAUAACCGAACGUUAACUGUUCUGUUUUUGGCCGAACCGAAACUAGGCCGAAAGUGAUCAAAUGACAACUUGCUGCACUGAAACCAAAGCCGAAACCGAAAUGUGGUUGGUCUCUAAUAUCCAUCAUUAUUCAUAAUGAAAUACUGUUGGUUUUUUUUUUUAACUUUAAAAAAUAUUUCGUUUAUGGCCUGGGGCCCUGGAAUUAUUUUAUAUUUAUAUGUAUUAAUGUGAGCUAUAUAAGUAAAUGUAUCAACAAAUGCUCCUGCUUGAAUGGGUGUAUCAAGACCAAACAAAGUAUACAUACACUUGAUUACCAAUGUUAAAAUGCCGAAGGGUUCUGAACUCAUGACAUGACGUUCACUCCUCUGUGACGGGGGUGGGAGACAUUUAAAUUUCUUUUUCUUUUAAUAAGCUACAUUUUUUAAAAAAAAACUGAUUGGCUCAGAGAAAACCUUAGCCUCUAAGUGAAGUGAUGGAUCUAGGCCCCGCUUGGUAGCAAUAACCUUCACAGUCUGUUUUGAAAUAUCGUUGGAUUUCAAAGUAAUAACAUCCCAUCCAUUCGGGCCGGUCUAGAAUUUCCCAGAAAGCUUUAUAAUGUAAAAUGCUAGAUCUGUGGAAUUUUUAAACUGAUUUUACUGGGAACAUUUUUUUAUAUUUUAAAAUACAUUAUUUAUGUUAAUUCAAGGGAUCCCAUCGGGAAAUCGAGAUCCCAUCUGGGUCUUAUGGGGUUUUGAUCCCAUUGGCAUCGGGAUCCCAUCGGGUCAUGGGAUCCAAUUUGGAAAGGGGAUCCCACCAAGUUCAGGAUUUAAUCGGGAUCUGGAUCCCAUAGGAUUCGGGCUCUGGAUGCCAUUCUGGGGAAUGAGAUCCCGAAAUAGAAGGGAUCCCACUGGGGAUGGUGAUCCUAACAGGAAAUAGAAUCCCUUUGGGAUGAUAUUUUAUAAAUGUGUUUUUAGAGGAUGAAAUUUAAAAUUGUUUUAUUUUCGUAGCGAUGUGUGUUUUUUUUUUUACAGGCCCCUUACUUUCGAUGUAAGCUAAAAGUCUAUAGAAGUUGCUUUUUUCCAAAUUCAAUCCCGAGGCACGCAUAGUAUGUUGGUUUGUUGUAAAUAUGUAUGACAAUUAAGGCAUCGUAAAUGUAGCGUAUCUAUUAAAUCAAUACUGAUUUUUUUAAAUACAUAAUGUAACCGCGCAAUUACUACAAUAAUAAAUUGUAAUUUAGUAUUAACAUAAGUUUGAGAUUGAAAUAUCAUGCGCAGGAGAAGGAGAGGAAGUGAUUUUUUUUAAUAUGGUCAAGAAUGGUAAAAUUGAAUUCCUCAAUGUUGCUGCGCUUGCAAAGAAAUAUGCCAUUGCCUCGAACUAUCUAUCGUCCUUUCACGUGUAGUAUGUAAUGCGUGAAGUGUACAUAAGAUUCUGACAAUUAUGUUUACUCCAGACUGGAGAUUUAUUUCUCAUAUUUGUGAAACGUAUUGUGUGAAUAAAAUAUAUUGAUGUAACCAAAUCGAAUUUGCUUCAUGCUUUCAAUAAUGAUCGUAAUAAUUGUUAGAGAGCACAAAAUCUCCACUGCAACGCUGGAUGCACAUAGACAGAUGCAAAUGAUAAGUAACUAAAGAAGUUCAGUAUAGACAUCACCACGUUACACAUGAAAUACUACUUUUUACAUUUAGGGUUAGUUUUUUUUUUUUUCCUUAUUAUUAUCGGGGCCUAACGCAGAGAGGCAUAGGAAGUGAUGCGGAUGGAGAGAGGGGGGGGGGGGGGGCUUUAUUCCCCAGGCAGCACUUAUGAAAUACUAUUUUUUACAUUUAGGGUUAGUUUUUUUUUUUUUCCUUAUUAUUAUCGGGGCCUAACGCAGAGAGGCAUAGGAAGUGAUGCGGAUGGAGAGAGGGGGUGGGGGGGGGCUUUAUUCCCCAGGCAGCACUUUUUCUUGAUAGGGCGGGUUGGCAUUUUCAGCAAACUGCAGUGGGUUUUUUUUUUCGUGAACGGGUUUCGCGAAAUUUUCGGCACACCCCUUUGGCACUAACCCUAGCUACGUCAUUGCCAACCCGUAUGGAUUUUAUACUUUAAAACAAAUAAGCAUUUUUUUUUUAAAGAUUCUAUUUAGUUGUGUUUGUUAUUGUAAAUCUCCAAACUAUACGAGUUGCCUGCCAGUAAUAAUUUGUUGAAAGCGAUAACGUGCUUCAGCUCACCGGCGAUUUAUAAUUUCCCUUUGCUCUAGCUUGCGAUUUUGUCAUUUUGUCUGGGUAAAAUCUGAUUACAUCAACUUUGACCCACUUCCUGGUUUCCAAUUCAAAUGAAACUUUGGACAUGUUUGCCCAUUAAAAACAAUUCAUUGUAUGGUGUAUGUGUUUUUUUUUAAAAGGAGACUCCUGGUGGUUCCUAAAAUAUUUCCAAGGGUACGUCCAAGUACAAGGAAACAUUUUUGUAAGGUCCAGAAGCUAGGAAUAUAACAAAAGAAAAAAUGCACCCAUUUAUUUGAUGAGUCAUUGGGAUGUAGGGAGGGAGUGCUUUGAUGUCCCAGAGUUACAGGUGUUGUAUCCGAAUGAUGUACUGAUACAACAUUUGGAGAUUGGUAUGGAGAACUCAAAAAUUGGAGAAAGUGCUUAGAGCAUUGUUUAAUCUCUCGUUCUGUACGCAAAACAAAACAAAAAAGACUUGUUUUCGGUGUGAUGGUGUGACACUACCACUUUCGGUGUUGGGUCUGUUCAUCUGAAAAGUUGGAAGUGUUCUAGCACUUUCGGUGUUGAGUCUAUUCGUCUAAACAGUUGGAAGUGUUCUAGCACUUUCGGUGUUGAGUCUGUUCGUCUGAACAGUUAGAAGUGUUCUAGCACUUUCGGUGUUGGGUCUGUUCGUCUGAACAGUUGGAAGUGUUCUAGCACUUUCGGUGUUGGGUCUGUUCGUCUGAACAGUUGGAAGUGUUCUAGCACUUUCGGUGUUGGGUCUGUUCGUCUGAACAGUUGGAAGUGUUCUAGCACUUUCAGUGUUGGGUCUGUUCGUUUGAACAGUUGGAAGUGUUCUAGCACUUUCGGUGUUGGGUCUGUUCGUCUGAACAGUUGGAAGUGUUCUAGCACUUUCAGUGUUGAGUCUAUUCGUCUAAACAGUUGGAAGUGUUCUAGCACUUUCGGUGUUGAGUCUGUUUGUCUGAACAGUUGGAAGUGUUCUAGCACUUUCGGUGUUGGGUCUGUUCGUCUGAACAGUUGGAAGUGUUCUAGCACUGUGGGUGUUGAGUCUGUUCGUCUGAACAGCUGGAAGUGUUCUAGCACUUUCGGUGUUGAGUUUGUUCGUCUGAACAGUUGAAAUUGCUAGGCAUUGAAUACGAUCUUGGGCAAGCAAACCAGUUUGUUUAAUAGAAUGGGAUUAACACCUUUCAACAUCCUACCCUCAACAACGAACACCUGAACACCCCCCCCCCUUUUUUUACUCAUCAACGCAUAUCAUUGAACAUCUCUCCAUAAAUAAUGAAAUGUUAUUUGAUUGACAUAAAUAAAUAAAUAAUACGUGUGGGAAACGUUGAUGAUGAUUAUAUAUAUUUCAUUUCCUAAAGCAAGAUCACCCCAUAAUGGCGUCCUGUCGAAGGUCACGAUUUAGCUACGUGAUCACGAGAAGAAACGUGAAAGCCAAGUACAUCUUCCUGCUGGCGUUUGGGUGUGUGGCGGUGAUUUUUAUGCUGACGCAGGUCUUCCAUCCAAAUGGCCUGCUCAGAUACCUGCCGAAAACCAGGAGACUUUCGAAGGUGCCAUCUCAAGACACGAUACCUUUCAAUACUGAGGUUGGAGACACAUUUUCACUCAACAUCCAGCCACAGGGCGAGCUUGUUCAAAGAAGGACACAUACAACUCCAGCAUUAAAACCAAGGUAAGUUACGAGUUUUUGGGAUAGCCAUAUGGGUUCAGGGAAACAUUUGGCCUUUAGGAUCUUACAUUAGGAUCAGGGAAACAAUGGGCCUUUAGGAUCUUAACCUAGGAUCAGUGGAAAAAAAUGGGCCUUUAGGAUCUUAACCUAGGAUCAGGGAAACAAUGGGCCUUUAGGAUCUUAACCUAGGGUUAGGGAAACAAUUUAAAUUGAUGAUCUUAACCUAGGAUCAGGUCAAGAAUUGGGCUUUAGGAGAUUAACCUAGGAUCAGGGAAACGCGAGGACUCUAGGAAUCUUAAAGUGGGAUAAGAGAUUCGUAAAGGAUUUAGGAAUCUUAACCUGGAAUAAAUAAAUUUUGCAAUUAAUAAAACUAAAAACAAAAUUGUUAGUAUUGAUUUGCCGGUGAUAGACAUUACACAAAUAUUGAGCAUUAUUUAUUUUUUUUAAAUUUGGGUUUUUUUCUGACAGGGAAGUUUCAAAAAGAAAACCGCCUGUAAAUAAAGAUAUUGGUGUUAAAGCGACUAGCAAACAACAAAAAGACAGAACCCCACCAGAAGGGAAGAGUAUUGUCCGGUCGAAUCAUCCAAGAGCCCAGCGAGCCAAUGAAAAUGCACUCGACACGUUUCAACCAAUCAACACGCACGACGCAUGGAUUUACUCGAGCUUCUACGACCCACUUCACGACAAGCACUUCCUUCUUCAAACAUUUGGCAUGGAGAGUAUUAACACAACUAAGGGAACGAUUUACUGUCACGUGACCGAACGGGGCUCUGUAACUAUUUUAACUGGACGAAGACGGCCGUUACCUGAUCCCCAUGGACGCAGGUGCGUCCUGCUGUUGUUGUUGUUUUAUCAUCCCGCUGUUUAACACAACACCCGUAUUUCAUAUGACAUAACUUAAACGGCCAUUUUUCGCCAUAAUCCCUGCUCUGCCAAGCACUAACCAAUAUUAGUCAGGGGUGGUGUAGAUACUAUAUAACAUAAAAAUAUGACAUUUUUACACACCCCAUAACCCUUAUAAUGCUAUAAAACAUUUUGAUUAACCAGCCGCCCCCACCCAAACAAUAUGAUUACAACAUUACUAGAACCCCCCCCCCACACACACACACACACAUACAUGAAAUUCAUGCCAAUACAAACAAAGUUCUAACAAAAUGCCAAAAAAAAUUUUUUUAACAAACAAUGUGCAAGGUAUUGUAAGGAAAAACUAGAUAUCAUUUUGUAACAAUCUAGGCUAAUUGCGUACAUUUAAAAAGCAUACAUUUUUUUGCAAAACUGAGCAUUAAUUAUUGUUUAAAAUAAAAGAAAUUGUUAUGUAACAUUAAUUUUUUACCAACCACCCCACCCCAUGUAUCAUAGUAUAACAAUAUGAUCAACCACCACUGCCCGCCCUUCACGUUAUCUAAUAUGUGCUCGGGCCCAAUGUAAAAUUUCAGAAGAUCCUUUUUUUAAAGUAACAGAUUCAAUAACUGCCUGAAUUUUUUUUCUAUCCUUUCCUGCCAAACCAAAUUAUUUUUACAAAUUUUAAUCAGUGACUUAACCAGGUUUUGAUAUAGGAUUGGGGGGGGGGGACUCUUAGGAAAUGGGCCAAAUAACCAUCAGAUUUGUUCAGUUCAUUAUAUUCAUCUUGAUGAGAUGUUUGUUGUUUUGUUCUUGUUUUUUGUUUGUUUUUUGUUUGUUUUUGUUUUUUUUGUAUUUUUUUUGUUUUUUGUGGGUUUGUUUGGAUUGGGGUGGGUUUUUUAAAACAUUAAAACAAAAAAAAAAGGGGGGGGGGAAAUAUUAUGCAUGGUAUAUUUAGUAAAGUUGGUUUACAAGACAGUAAAUCAGUUAUUCCCAAACUCCCCCCCCCCCCCAACCUGCACGAACGGAAAUACGCAGCACCUUGUGGCCAGGUAUUCCUUCAUUUUCUGGAACCUCUUCUUGGAAUAUCUCGUAUAUAAACUUUGCUUAAGCUGCGUCCUCUUCUAAACCAAUACGCCCCAACUCCCUCCUAUUCUAUGUUUAUAGUACAGAACGGUCUCCUUUCGAAUCCUUUCAAGUAAUAAAUCAAAGUCAUUUCGCGUUUUUUUUUUUUUUUUUUUUUUUUUUUUUUUUUUUUUUAAAUAAUUUGUUUUUUUUUUUUUUUUUGUAUGUUGCUUUCAAAUAACUGAAUCAGUUCAGAUGGUGUGUUAACAGAUCUACGAAGUAAAAGUAAACUAAAAUUUCCACAGUUAUUUUGUACCCUGUUUUUAUUUUUCUUUAAAUCUAACUAAAAUAGUAAAAAAGACUACAAUACACACGCUUAGAGAAAACGAUUCAGUGCAAGUUGAAUGAACCCCUUCAUGUCAAACAAGCAAAUUAAUCAUUUCUGCCUUAUUUGCUACACAUAUAAGUGAAAAACACACUUCUAUGGAUGGUUUGCAACCCCGAUGCUUGCAGAAAUAACAUAUUUUUCUAUUUGUAAUUUUUUUUUUUAUUUCAAAAACUAAAAAAUCAAAUCAAUUAAUAUUUUCAGACUUGUGUUUCCUUAUUUAUUUUUUUAUUUUUUUGAAUUUACAGUUACAUCGCCGUCAGUUACGAAUGUACUUUAAAGGCCACUAAUCGACCAGAGUACGUGUCCUUGACAUUUAACGUCACGGACGAACCGACCAAUCGCGUUCCCGUGAUUUAUCCCGGACAGCGAUCCAGAAACUUCACAGUGUGCUACUCUGCUCUGUUCAACUACAAGAAUCCCACUCAUCUCAUCACGUCCCUGGCGUACAACCAGGUCCUCGGCGCCGAGCAUUUCUACGUGUACAACCACAGCGUCUCCAACACGACGGACGCCGUGCUGCGUCACUACCAGAGACUCGGCCUCCUCACCGUCCUGCAAUGGUCGCUGCCCACCUUGGGGAUCUGGUACUACGGCCAGAACCUGGCCAUCAACGACUGCGUCUACAGGAACAAGUUCGUGUCCCAGUUCGUCGUCAUACAGGACACGGACGAGCUCAUCAUCCCUAACCACCACAACUCGUGGUUGGCGCUGAUAGACGCGGCUGAAGCAGAAUAUACCGAGACACAAAUUUCCGCCAACGCGACCAGCAUUAAACCUUUAGGAUCCUACACUUUUGAGUCCAGCCUCCAUUCCGGCACGCCGAGUCCAUCCGUGUGGCGGGACAUCAAACAUAAUUUUUCCAUAUCGUCGGAAAUGGAGACGUUCUUGGUCGACCACUCCAUUCUGCCAUUCGUUCAUCUCCAGAGGCUGAACUCGACAUUCAAGUACAAGGUCCGGACGAAGACCAUCGUCCGGCCGGAACGUGUCCUCUUCGCGGGGAUCCACUUCACGCACUAUCACGUGGCUUCGGCCACACACACGGUGGUCAGCAACGACCUGGCCAUCGUGCACCACUACAGUGGCAAGCGGGUUUCUGAAUAUCUGGACACAUCCUCGCUCAGGUUUGUCAAGCGGACGUAUGACAUGUUAAGGACUGCAUUUCAGGCCUUUUCAUUUCUCUGACACUUCGUCGUUUGUGGGUUUUUUUUUUUUCAUUUCAUUGUAUAUUUUUGUUAUUUAAAUAUAU